AUGCCGGGCUUACAUAUGUCCUCCAACGAAGGGAGUGGGUUCACGCUUCCGGAGACAUAUGAAGAUCUAUUUAUCGAAGACAGUCCAGGUGCCGGUGCCAGUGUUCUUGCUUCGGCGUCGACAGGAGAGGGUAUACCUGGUGUGAUGCCAAUUGCUACUCCAGUGACGGCACCUGUGUUUAGCCCGGAAGUCGUUGACCUUGAGUGGCCGCCUCGAUUUAGUGCCUCUGGACACAAUGAGGAGUUUGUUGCGGCUCGGGCUUUGCGCCUCCCUCUGCCGCGUGGGGUUGAUGAUGGAGGCUCGUCCCGUGAUUGGCUUGGUGUGACUGUGUUGGCGCCUCACUAUCAGUCUACACACUGGGCCCUCUUCUUCAACCGCAAUGAAGGCGUUGAUGGGCUCCUGUCUGCCGUGUUGGAUUUGCGACGAGCCCUGUACUAUGGUGUAAUGGAUUCGGUGGUACCGAUCGUGCCGCAGCGCUUCAGGGGAUACGCCUCUGUUUUGGCUUUUCAUAGUGUAGUACACCAGUACGGCGCGCAUGGGCACGCCCCAGUCAUACUGGAUCUGACUCGGGUGGGUGGACGGUACUAUGCUACGGUGUUGCCCUGUCGCAUUGAUUAUGAGGCCCUGCUUGGCUUCAUUCGGCCUCAGACCCGUGCUGACCUUGAUCACCUGGAACUCUUUGUCGGUGUUGGCACUGAGCCCUGCGACCCGCAAAGGGAGGUUGAGCUGCAGCCAGGUUGGGUUGUGUGUGCCCUGCCUCGGGGAGAGCGGGCCUCGCCUCCUCUCCUUAUUCAGUCUCUCCUGCGAGAAGAUUCCGUAUGGGAUCGCCUGCAACACCUGCCUUGUGAGACGUCCACGCCUGGGUUCUGUGUGCUUUUUGAAGGGGAGCGAACCGUCCUCUACAGCGAUUCUUUCCCGGCUCGGUCGGCCUGUGUCGCUGUAAGUGACCUGCUUCGGCUGCCCGAAGCUGCCCUUUCUAUCCGGGUGUUUCAUACGCCUGAUCUGGACGUGCAAGGGCAAGCUUGUAACAAGUGCAUACAUGUUGUGCGCAUUCCUCGCAUGGAUGAUGAGACGUCCUUUCGGCAGCGUCGGGAUAUUUUCGUCCUCUGUGACCUGCGCCCCAUCGGUGUGCGUCCAAUUGCUUAUUUUUCUCAUGCAAUGGCGGUACAUGUGCCCAGUGUCCUUGCGUAUGCGCGUGUACGACUUCCUGAUGGAUACCAUCUUAAUGCGUCUGAGGGGCAGCUCUCAUGGCCCGACUUGGUUGUAGAUGGGAGUGCGCACGUAUAUUUUCACGCUUUUUCAGUCCCGGGAGCAGGGUCUGGAUCAGGUUCAGGAUCCAACCCAGGAGGCGAUGAAGGACCUCCUGAUGAUGAUGAGGACGACACGGAGGAGGGAGACGAGGACCUCCCGGAUCCUCUGGAUGGGCCGCAGUUGGUGUUUCAUGCGCACCAUGGGGUCCCGACAGUCGAAAGCAGUGCUGCAGACUGCCAGCGUGAUCGAAGCCGUUCCCCUUCUGGGCCGGAGGUAUCGGCGUAUACCUGGCGACAGGAACCCAUCAAGAAGCAAUUCUCUCUGUGUGAGUGGUGCAGCAGUUUGCUGGAUCCUGCUGCACGCAGCCUGCUACAUGUUAGCCGGUUGGAGGCAUAUUGUUGCCACUCCAAGUUUGGGCCGUUGAUUUGUCCCCUGACGUGUAAAGGGCCGGAACAACCGCGUCUUGCGGAAGUGAUGUCCAACCCCACUCGUGCCGGACCGUUUCAUCUGCGGCAAAGCUUAGAUGGGUAUGGCAGGCCUUGGGAGCCGGGGCAUUUGCCUCCGCCAGCUCUUGAAGGACCUCCUGAAGCUGUUGAGAAUGCUCCCGAGGAAUGGAUCGAAGGUCUUUUUGUCGUUUUCGUUCCUGGAUAUACAUGCGAGGCUUUCGUCGCCUCUUUCCGAUUGGGGGCCGAGGUUGCGGAGGUGUUGCAGUGUGUACAGGCGGUCCGUAGCGGGCCACGCCGACGCUUGUUCCCUGUGCUGGUCCCUGUUCGUUCACAACCCAGCGAGCGUUUUGCCACUCUGCUUGCUCUUCCAGUGUGGGCGGUGAGUCGAACUGUUGUUCUUUUCGAUCUGCUACAGAUGGGUGGUGUUGUGUAUGCUGCCGCUGUCCCGGAUCGGAUGCGGAGAGAGGAUAUUUUGGUUGUUGCCGGUCUGGGGUCAGGUGCCCUUGUACAUGUGUUUGUAAGUGCCAUCCCAUGGGCGCUUGCUCGCGGACAGUCUGUCACACUGGUCUCUGGAGAUUGUAUCGCACUUGUGCCGUAUGGUUCCCCCUACCAGCAUGGGCCCGCCCUCAGUGAGAUGUGUCAAGAGGCUAGAGGUUGGGAUAUCCAAGCGGAUCUUCCGGUACAUGACGAGGCAGCUUUUUGGGUACUUGAUGACGUGGAUGCCUUCCGCGUCCCUGCCCCUGCUGACGGACGACAGCUCCGUACUGAAAUUGCUUUGGCAAUCGAGUGUGAGCCGGCACGGCUUACUAUCCGGGCUGCGUCCCCUCGCAUUUCUGACCAUUGUUGGAGGGGUUGGACCAGUAGUGCAGUGCUGGUUGCCACGCAACGCGUUGCUAGGCCCACGGGUAGGCCCCAUGCUUCCCCUACUCACACCAUUGUUGUGAUUGAUACUCGGCCGCUGCUUCAGGAUAUUGAGUGGAUCCUGUUGCACGGGUCCCUGCUGCCUCUGUCUCCCCUCCUUGCUCGUUUCGCAGCUAGCUGUCCCGACGGCUUUCAAGUGACCAUCUCAGAGGACACGGUUGUGCAUGAUGAUGGGCUCCGUUACGUGAGAUGCUCGGAGGGACUCGUGAUCCGAGUCGAGUUUGUCCGUCGAGCUGAUCCCAUCCCAGAAGCGUGGACGGACAGUGAUGACGAUGACGUCAUGGAUGACACUGCUCGGGGAGGUGAUCCCUCUGAAGACGGCGAGGACAGUGAGGGAGGCAAUGAGGCCUCAGAUAGGAGCAGGUCGCCGCGUCUUGCCGACACAGGUGGUGCGCCCACCACGGCGGAGACGUUGACCCGGACUUUGUUGUGUCUUGCGGCUGGCUGUGGUCUCCUUAUGCGCAGCCGUGUGGCCACCUGCAUUCUUCUUCUGUUUUGCUUGGGGGUGCGGCCUGUUGUCGCAAUGCAGAUGCCCCCUCUAGCUCACGCACCCUCCUCGUCGCUCCGUGCCGUUGAGUCUGGUGACUGUGUUGAAAUGUGGAGCUCGGGUUUUCAAGUUGACGCUCAUUCUUCUGAGCCCCCCAGCUUCACCCCUUUCCCUCACCAGGUUUGCAGCAGGCGUGCUGACGAGAGACACGGCGAUCCGCGACCCAUCCCCACGCCAUGUCGCGCGUUGCCUCGGGCGGGCGCAGUGCUACGCCGGCAGAUUGAUGAAUUCGAUAUAGGGCCCACGUUACUUGAGCAGUGUCUCAAUGACCCUUGCAAUGAAGCAAUGUUCUUGGCUAGCACCCUGGUCGAGGCUGUAUUUGAGUAUGCGCAUGGUGCACAGAUGGGCGGGGCGGAUCCGCCUCUGACGCUAUGCUUGAAUGCUCUCGUCCCCGAUCCCCCCACGGAGGCUGCUAGCAAUGCGACUACUGAUAUUGGGCCACAGGUGUUUCCGAUGGAUCGAGGCCAAUGUCUGCUGCCUUGUUCUGAGCGGAUGCUCGAGGACCUGUUGCAGCCCUGCUCCUUUCGAGACCUUCUGAGGGUACCCCCUGAUGUCCCAGACCCUGGCCGUUUUGGUACGUGGGUUGCUGACGCCUCGGUCGGCCGUACACCAGCCCCUAAUGAGUUCCUGGUCAUCACCACUGAUGGCUCCUAUCAACCCUGUGCUGCCCUCGCCGGCUGGUCAGUUGUUGUGAGUAUUGUGGAUGAGGACAGCCUUGUGUUGCCGGGAGACUUCGUCGGGUGCUGGUACGGAUCCGUUGAACCGCUGCUACAUGCUGUAGGGGAGGCUUCUGGUGAUGUCUCUUCGUACUUGGCUGAGCUUGCUGGCCUCUUCUGGGCUUCUGUUUUUGCCUUCAAGGUUCGACCGCAUCCGAUUGGGACCGCUGUUGCCUGUAUGCAUCUUGCCUUACGCCUUCUCGGCAGACAUGUGGUCACCUAUCAACAUGUGCCCGGACAUGCCGGCGAACCCGCUAAUGAGCUGGCGGACGGCCUUGCGACCUUGGGCGUUGCUGGAGCUGCACAUAUUCCCGAUCUGGCCCUCGACUUGGCUACUUGGUUCCGUGAUGCUGGAGCGGCCUUUCAGUGGCUCCCACAUUUGUGCAUUGCCUAUACCCGCCCAGGACUUCUCCCGGAUAUGCAGCAGGACGUUAUGUCCUGGAGCCUUACUGAGCCUGCUGCCCGCAUGACCCCGGCCCAAAUCAUUGCUCCUUUCACUCGUGUCAUCCCAACCUGGAUUGGCACGAAAGGGAAGGCCACCGAUUUUCAGUUUUGUUGCGCAUCCUUUAACGCACUAUCCCUGAUUGAGCCGGAUGCGGAGGACACCGGGCGUGCAGCAGGUCUAUAUGGGGCUGCAGGCCGAGUGGCAAUCCUGACCAGAACUUUCCGGGAUGCCAGGGUUUUUAUAGGCGGAGUACAGGAGGCGCGCACCCCUGCUGGCAGAUGCCAGAAUGCCGAUUAUGUGCGGUACUGUUCGGGCUGCACUCCUCGCAGAGCUCUCGGUAUAGAAAUUUGGGUUGGCGUAGGUGAAAAGUGGCCUCCGCACCAAGCUGCUGUUUUGCACGCCGACCCGACCCGUCUUGUGCUGCGCCUGGCCUUUCGUGGACAGGUUCUGUUUGUCUUUGCUGGGCAUGGUCCCCACCGUGGGCAUACUAAAGCUGAGCGUGCCGACUGGUGGGCUGAAACCUCCAAGAUCUGCAGUAUGCAGGGCAGCCAUGGCCUGUGGCUUGCGCUUUUAGAUGCCAACUGUCGGGUCGGGGAUGUCGUUAGUGAUCACAUAGGUAGUUGGCAGCCAGACCCGGAGGACGACGGGGGCGCCAUGUUGCAUGAGUUGCUCGGGCAGCUCCGACUGUGGUUGCCUUGUUCCUAUGAGGAAACGAUGCAUGGACCCGGGGGAACGCUGUUACAGCGCUACAGCAACGAGCUACAAAGAAGUGACUUUGUGGCAAUCCCCAUGGAGUGGCGGAGCAGUGACAUCACAGCUUAUGUGGAUCCUAGCAUAUCUGCAGGGCACAUGGUGCUUGACCACCUUGCGACUUUGGUCACUGUUUCAUGGCAUUUCAGUGGGCGCAGACGCGUGCCCCGUGCGCGCAUCGACCCCGCUGCCUUGCUGGAUCCGGACAACCAGACCACAAUACAACGCAUUCUAGAACACGCCCCCGCCGUGUCCUGGGAGGUCAACGUCAAUGAUCAUGCCUCGCAGCUGGUGGACCAUAUCUUCCAGGGGUUGGUUAAAGCUUUCCCCUUGCAUAAGAGGAGAUUGCGUGCCAACUUCCUCUCUGACGAAGCUGGGCAGAUGCAUAGGCAUAUUUCGGAGUUGCGCAAGGCCCUUCGCAACCGCCUGGAGGGACUUCGGAUCGCACGCCUCCGGUGCGCCUUGCAGGCUUGGCACCGAGGCCUUGCCUACCUGGACAUCUUCUCAGGACGAUGGCUGCGCCAGCUGCGCCUUGUCAUUGGCGUUUUAAUUGAACGAAUUGGUCUCUUGGGACGUACUCUGAAGAAGAGAUGCCGGCUUGAUAAGAGGCAAUACAUUGUCGGACUGGCAGAUGCUGUGGAUCAGGCAGCACCCACGGAGGUGCAUACGGCUUUGCGGAAGCUUCUUCGCCCGAAGAAGUACCGCAAGUCUGGUCCAGAAAUUGUUCAAUGCUGGCGCGACCACUUUUCGCGCAUGGAAGGCGAGGUGCCGUCUGCGGAGGCUCUGCGCUGGCGUGACCUGCCGGCUUUCACUUCGGUUGUGGAUGCCUUCCGGCAGAUCAACCCCCAUAAGGCCUCUGGCCAGGAUGGGGUACCACCGGCCCUCUGUAGGCGCUUCGCUUGCCAGCUCUCCACUCUUUUCUGGCCAAUCGUCCUCAAGUCCAUGGUUCACACGUCAGAACCCGUCGGAAUGAAGGGCGGGGUCUUGUUCCACAUAGAUAAGCCGGGGGUGGCAGAUAAGCUUUCGUGCCAGUCCCAGCGGGGCAUCUUGGCCCAAUCUGUGUUUGAAAAGGUGCUGCACAAAAGCUUGCGGCGGUUGGUCAUGCGUGAGGUUGACGUCAGGGCCUCUCCUCUUCAGGUUGGAGGCAGGCGUGGCUCCUCACAUGUGUUCGGCUUCUUCUGCAGCCGAACUUUCUUGUCGUUUGCUAAGCACCGUGCCCUGCCGGCCGCGAUUCUUUUCACUGACUUGGUGGCCGCCUACUACUCAGUGAUCAGGGAGGCUAUUGUGGGCAACAGACUGGGCACUGGAUCCUUGCAACAAGUGGUGGACGACGAGGAGCUCGUCAUGACUAGACGGGGUACGCGACCCGGUGGUUGUCUGGCGGACGCAAUGUUUUCCCUGCUCUUUAGUAGGGUCCUUUCCAGGCGCGGCUCUUUUCGAGACAAGGGUUGGGCACCACGGAUCCCCUGGAGCGGUAGAAGAGAUCUUCAGGAAUGUUUGGAUCCAGCUCACGCCCCCACCAGUGUGGAUGCUCAGGACAUCAUCUACGCGGAUGAUUUAGCAACAUGCAUCACUACUCCUGAUGCGGCCUCCUUGGCCGGCGCUGUUGUGCAUAUCGCGGGCGUCGAGCUUGACUCCCUUGCGGAAGUCGGCCUCACAGCAAAUAUGGGACCCCGCAAGACGGCGGCUCUCAUUUGCCCGGCCGGACCCGGCGCCAAGUUGGCCAGAGAGCAGCUGUUCACACGACGGAAGGGCCGGCUUACUGUUCUCAGGGAAAAUGCCCCGCCUGCGACCCUCGAUGCCGUUGCCUCCUAUAAGCACUUGGGGUCAUGCAUCACGCACAAUAGUUCCAUGUUGGCGGAGGUCCGCGCCAAGAUGGGGGCAGCCAAGGCCGCCUUCAGGGAAGGCCAGCGCCUUGUUUUCUGCUCCGGCCAGAUAUCUAUAGGGCGACGUACGGCCCUUUUCCGCACACAUGUGCUCUCGGGUCUUCUAACAGGAGCCGGUGCUUGGCCCCUCUUAUGCGAGUCCAGCUGGCGGGUCUUUGAGCAAGGCCUGUACAACAUGUACCGACGCAUGCUUAGGGUCCCCCGGAGCGCUAGUCAAAAAGUGAGUAGGUGGCGUAUCCUUAGCCUCUUGGAACUGCCCUCGCCAGAGGCCCUGUUGAACAUCGAGAGGUUGCGUUUUCUGGGGCAGUUGAUCAGGUCAGGACCUGACGCAGCAUGGGCGCUCCUGCAGAACUCCCCCCGAGCGAUAGGAGCCUUUGUACGAGCCAUCGACUGGUUUCAAGAUGCGGUGGGUGCCACCACCUCUAUCGGACCGGUCAUGGAACAUUGGGACACGUGGACAGCGCUCAUUAAAGACCGCCCGGGCCAGUGGAAAGGCUACAUCAAGCGGGCCAGUAUGUGGCAUCUCAACCAGGCUAGAGCCGAGGCGGAUUUUUUCGGGUGUGUUAGGUCCUGUUGGCAGCCCGUCUCCCCCCGCUUGGUAGCCAUCACUGAUGCGAUGCACUGCUGUAUCCCAUGCAAAACAGCUUUCGCUGACUUUCAGGCGUGGGCCGCUCAUGCGGCCAGAACGCAUAAGUACAGAUCACGCGCUAGCAGGGUGGCCAAGGGGGUGCGAUGCUGUGCCUGCGGGGCAACCUAUUCUAAGCACGCACGCCUUGUCAGGCAUUUGCAAAUGUUCCCUCGUUGUUGUCAAGCUGUGGCUCACGGUGUCGCUGAUCUGCUCCCGCCCCUCUUGGCAGCGGACGGACCUGCGCAGAGCCACGGACUGGCCGGCCACCGCAUGCCGGAGAUCACGGGCCUUCCGCCCUUGGAGGAAGAUUACUGCCCUGAGCUACUCGCCCAGUUGCACUCAACGGCCUUCGUGUCCGACUGUGAGGUGUUUGAUUUGGUCCAAAGUAGGAUCGAGCCCUUUCCGAUGUUGAAGCAGACAGUCCGUGUCUGGACACGGCAGGAAGCUGAUCCGCAGCGCUGCGGCUGGGGGUUAGACGUGCUCAUGUGUCUUGACGUCGAGCUUCUUUGCGAUAGGGCUUCCCACGCGGCCAAAGAGUUCGAGGCAGAGACCGAGGAUAGCUACGCCCCUCUGUUGGAGGGUUGCGUGCUGAGACAGCUGCCUUCGUCUCUUCCCUCCUUGCUGGUCGGACGUGCUUCGUUGUGCAGCGUUGAUACCUAUCGGCCCGUCUCUUCCUCGGGCUGGAUGCGGGUCGGCUUUGGAACAGAGGAAUGUGAGCUGGGGCCUUAUGCCUGUCUUGUUGUGGACUUCCCUGCGCCAGGCAUGUGUUGUGCCCCCUUUUGGCGCCCGUCCAGCUGUCCCCUCAAGCGUCAGCGUGAGCACCUUUCCUGGGUCCGCUCGACUUUGACUUGGAUUAAAGCAGCAGUGGACUUCGCUCGGAUCGGCAGGCUCAGUGUUCUCCUCUUCCCCUUCCCUAAGGGCCAAGGCGCCCCGCUUUUGGAGUGGCUUGAGCACAUGGCGAAUCUGCCUUCUUCUUGUUCGUCACUCCGUGUUUGUUUCACUUGA